AGACGGAAAGGGGACCGCUGGAAGUGAGAAACUCCGUGUUCACCCCCCGUCCAUGCAAGCAAAUGGUGGAUUCCGGCAUCCCAGGUAAUGGCAGCUGAGUGAGCGGUGUCGGUGACAGCUGAUGAUCUCCCGCAGAGGCUCCCCAGUGACGCGUGUGACAGGUUUUAACAUUGAAACCCCACCAUGUCAUUGAAGCCACGAGUCGUGGAUUUUGAUGAAACAUGGAACAAACUUUUAUUGACAAUCAACGCUGUUGUCAAGCUGGAUUACGUUGAAAGAGCAACUUGGAAUGACAGAUUCUCAGAUAUUUAUGCACUGUGCGUUGCCUAUCCAGAACCACUUGGGGAAAAACUAUACUUAGAAACCAAAACCUUCCUGGAAAAUCAUGUUCUACAGUUGCACGUGAAAGUGUUGGAUUCAGCUGAACAAGUUCUGGUAGUAUAUCACAAGUUCUGGGAGGAAUACAGUCGAGGAGCGGACUACAUGGACUGUUUAUAUAGGUACCUCAACACACAGUUUAUUAAAAAGAACAAGCUAACAGAAGCUGACCUUCAGUAUGGCUACGGAGGUGUGGAUAUGAAUGAGCCGCUGAUGGAGAUAGGAGAAUUAGCACUUGAUCUAUGGAGGAAAUUAAUGAUUGAACCACUGCAGGGCACUGUCCUCCGAAUGCUUCUUAAAGAGAUUAAAAGUGACCGAUGUGGGGAAAACCCAAAUCAAAAAGUAAUCCACGGGGUUAUCAACUCCUUUGUUCAUGUUGAACAGUAUAAGAAAAAAUUUCCCUUAAAGUUUUAUCAAGAAAUUUUUGAGUGGCCUUUUCUGGCUGAAACGGGGGAGUAUUACAAACAAGAGGCUUCAAAUUUAUUACAAGAAUCAAACUGCUCACAAUAUAUGGAAAAGAUUUUAGGUAGAUUAAAAGAUGAAGAAAUUCGAUGUAGGAAGUAUUUAAAUCCCAGUUCAUAUAGUAAAGUGAUUCAUGAAUGCCAACAGAGAAUGGUCGCCGACCACUUGCAGUUUCUACAUGCAGAAUGUCACAAUAUCAUUAGACAAGAAAGGAGAAACGAUAUGGCCAAUAUGUAUACCCUUCUACGUGCAGUAUCCAGUGGUUUACCUCAUAUGAUUCAGGAAUUACAGAACCAUAUCCAUGACGAGGGCCUUAGAGCUGUUAGUAAUCUUUCUCAGGAAAAUAUGCCAACCCAGUUUGUGGAAUCCGUCUUAGAAGUCCACAGUAAAUUUGUUCAGCUUGUCAACACUGUUUUAAAUGGAGAUCAACAUUUUAUGAGUGCGCUAGACAAGGCUCUUACGUGUGUUGUCAACUACAGAGAACCGAAAUCCGUCUGCAAAGCACCUGAGCUGCUGGCCAAGUACUGUGACAACAUGCUGAAAAAAUCAGCCAAGGGAAUGACAGAGAACGAAGUGGAAGACAAGUUGACGAGUUUUAUUACUGUGUUCAAGUACAUCGAUGAUAAAGAUGUUUUCCAGAAGUUCUACGCUAGAAUGCUGGCAAAACGAUUAAUUCAUGGCUUAUCAAUGUCGAUGGACUCUGAAGAAACAAUGAUCAAUAAAUUAAAGCAAGCCUGCGGCUACGAGUUCACCAGCAAGCUGCAUCGAAUGUACACGGAUAUGAGCGUCAGCGCUGAUCUCAACAACAAGUUCAACAACUUUAUCAAGAAUCAAGACACCGUUAUUGACCUGGGUAUCAGCUUUCAAAUAUAUGUAUUACAGGCUGGUGCAUGGCCAUUAACUCAGGCCCAGUCCUCUACAUUUGCCAUCCCUCAGGAACUGGAAAAGAGUGUUCAAAUGUUUGAAUUAUUUUACAACCAACACUUCAGUGGCAGAAAGCUGACGUGGUUGCACUACUUGUGUACAGGUGAAGUGAAAAUGAACUACCUGUCUAAACCCUAUGUAGCGAUGGUCACUACCUACCAGAUGGCUGUCCUACUUGCCUUCAACAACAGUGAAACCGUCACUUAUAAGGAACUCCAGGACAGCACACAGAUGAAUGAGAAAGAGCUGACAAAAACGAUCAAGUCUCUACUUGAUGUCAAGAUGAUCAAUCAUGAUUCUGAAAAGGAAGAUGUGGAUAGUGAAUCAACGUUUUUAUUAAGUAUGAAUUUCAGCAGUAAAAGGACAAAAUUUAAAAUUACUACACCAAUGCAGAAGGACACACCACAAGAGGUGGAACAAACCCGAAGUGCUGUAGAUGAAGACCGAAAAAUGUAUCUUCAAGCUGCUAUAGUGCGUAUCAUGAAAGCACGGAAAAUCUUGCGACAUAAUGCUCUCAUACAAGAGGUGAUCAGCCAAUCCAGAGCUCGAUUCAACCCCAGCAUCAGUAUGAUUAAGAAGUGCAUUGAGGUCCUCAUAGACAAGCAGUACAUAGAGCGCAGCCAAGCCUCAGCAGAUGAAUACAGCUACGUGGCAUGAUGCCACCAUCAGACUGGCUUGUGUGAGAGGACGUCCUCGCCAUUGCAGUUUGCUGCUCUCCAGUUGGAAGAAGCAAGCCUUUGCCUCCAUAAUUGGUCACCUGGCAGUCUCCGUUUUUCUGCUGUUUACAACAUCACCAGUGCCACCAGUGUCAUGAGCGUCCGUGAAGAUGCCUAUAAAUAUUUCCAGCUCAUGCCAUUAUAACAUUUCUUACAGCUCUACUAAAAGGAAUGAGUGAAGUAUUUCUGGAAUGUGGAUUUUUUUUUUUAUUUUAAAGAUUUUUUUUUUUUGGUUGGGUCAAAAUAUUUUUUUCUCCCCUUCUUCACAUUUGCAUUUGAUGUGUUCAUUUUUUUAAUGUAUCUUAAAAGACUUAAAGUCAAAACUAAAUAUUGUAAUAUUACAAAAAAAUAACCUAAUAACUGUAUCUACUUUAAAAUGUACAAAAAUGGCAAACAUGAUAUUGCUG